CGCUGUACCGGACUUAACUCUUGAUAACUGUAAACUGACAUAGUGUUAAAAUUAUUGAGCUUUGUCAAGCAACCAAUUCACGCAUGGUUAACGGUCAAUUUCAAACUACGGACCAGUUCGCAAUAAUUUGUCAUCAGGUGAAGUCUGUUAUUGAUUAUCUGCUCAUUAAAGGAUAGUGUUUUAGUAGCUAUCAUAUUCAGGACCAUGAUGAAUAUUGCGAUCAUACAUUUAUUAGUUUACCCUUCCUGUCAACUAUACAAUCUCUACAGAGUUGAGUGAUACUUACAUGUAUGCCUGUAGGCGAGAUGAGUUGAGAAGUGGAAUAAUCGCUCGCCAAGCGGAGCUGAAUAAGUGUACAAAUAAUGAUAGUAUUGUUACACGGAAUUGGGAAUCAUUUUAUACGCGUCCGCUUACGUUUACAAAGAGUGUGCAGUUCGCUGACGAAAUAUUUGCCAUUCCCGAUACCAUACAUAAUUAAUAUCUGACAACGGAGAGUUUAGGCGCUUUCGCUCGGACUUGCACGUUGUAACACACAUGUUCUGUUGUAUUGUGUUUGUCACAGCGAGUGCAAGCUGACGACAAACUUAAAAUGACUUUUGUUCCGAUACUACACGUGAUAUGGGUUAUUGGUGUAUCAUUUACGUAGACAAACAGCAGUAGAUACCGAAAACAUAAUUAUGGCGAAGUCUUCCAAGAGGAAAAUGUGCAAUGGCAUAUCUUUUUGAAGGUUAGGAAACAACAAGUUCAUCGUAUAAAUUACUUAAAGUAUAGAAGUGAAAAAACUUAAGCAGGAAAAGUCGUACAGUGUUCAAUAAUGGAACCUUCUUAUUAUUAUUCAAACUUAAAAAAUAGUGCAUUCCAAUAAAUGGAUAUUUGUAGCAAUCGCUUAUUCAAACAAAAAAGUAAUUUUUGCUGAAGUGUAAGCUUACUAGCGGCGUAAUGUUGAAUGAAACAACUAUGCACCAUGAAAACGAAACUGACGGAUUAAUUGGGGAAGAAUCGCCAUCUGGUGACGAUCGGUUACUUGGAAAUCAAUCACAUUAUGGUGACGAUCGUCAAAUAGUCAUCGGGGUUGUGUUCGUGGUGCUGAUGAUAUUAGGACUUUUAUUGAACUCGGCUGUGUUGUUCACUUUUAAGUCGACCCCUAGACUUCGGACGCACACGAAUAUGUUUAUUAUGGGUUGUGUAGGGGGUGAUCUGUCUAUGGUCAUAAUAGGAUUCCCCUUCAUUAUCAUACCCUGCUUCAGAGGGCUUUGGGAUUUCGGCGAAGUCAUGUGUGCAUCGUACGGCUUCAUGAUGUCUGUUUUGGCCGUUGCCAAUAUGACCAUUCUCGCGGUGAUAGCUGUCGAUCGUUUCAUCGUCAUUAUGAACUUCCGUAUUGCAAAGAAAAUAACCCGAUUUCAUUGUGUACUUAUAUUGGUGCUAUGUUAUGUUUAUGGAUUGUGUUGGGCAACGCCCCCUCUUCUAGGGUGGGGAAACUUUGAUUUGGAGCCAAACCGGCUAACUUGUGGUCCAGAUUGGAGGAACGGAGAUUCAUCUGUGAGGUCAUAUAACUACGCACUGUUUACUAUGAUUUUCUGUGUUUCUGGAACAGUUAUCUUCGUCAGCUACGCUGGGAUAUUUUUACAGGUACGGAAGCACAGGAUAAACAGCGUCUCUGUGCCACUUACAGCGACUCGACUGCUGGAAAUCCACGUGGCUUCGUCAGCAUUCCUUAUGAUCAUGGGAUUUUUUGCUGCUUGGUCGCCAUACGCCGUGUUAUCUCUGUGGACGAUGUUCAAUGACGUUUCCAAAUUGUCCCCAACUGUGGCAAUCUUUGCACCAAUGUUCGCCAAGUCUGCCUGUGUUUGGAAUCCAUUAAUUUACGCGUUUAAGAACAACGAACUUCGGAAUGCUCUGUUCAAUAAAGUUAGUCGUAGUUUUAGGCAGAAUCCGUUGCCUGGACCGGAAAACGGAAGUCGAGAACGGAAGCGAAAUGGAAAUACUCAAUCUAGACCUGCGCGUCCAAUCGAAAUUAACGUUUAAUGAUUGUAACUGUUGUGUUUUACAAUCUUUACAGAAAGCGUCGGAUAGGUAUAUAUAAUGUUGAAAGUGAGCCAUAAUGAACCAUGCAUCAAGAUGGAAGUAAAAUAAGUAGAUUCUAGCGACGGAACUUUCAAUUAUUAUGUUUGAUGGAAAAAGAUUGAUGUUGUAAUUACAAAAAACGAUGAUAAAGCAUAAAAGUUAAUUUCUGAUGGAAAACACAAUUAAAUUAUUGUAUUCAUAAUAUUGAUUUUUGGUUGAAGCUUUAUGUUGUACUAAAACAAAUAAA